CCAUAGUUUGUGCCUCUGUGUCUGUCUGGUCUCAGACAGUGCCACUCAGCCUGCCUUCUGUUUGUUGCUAGUGAAAGAAGAAGGAAGCAAGGAAAAGGAAAGAAGGAUGGCAAAACAAAACAACGCAACACGAAACGUCAAAUUGUGUGAUUGUCUUGUCAAUGAGAGCAUUGAUUGAUUAAUGGUAUGGUAGUGAAGUGAUUUUUAGUGAUGGACUGGACUGCAGUUAAAAACAUGGUCGUUUGCAAUCCUAUUCAUAUUCAGUGAUGACAUACUAGACAAGUUUUGUUAAAAUUUACCAGUGUUUAUUAUUCUUCCUAUGCAGUUUGAGAUAUUCGAUAUAAGUUAGGCCCUUGUUAAGCACAGCACUGAUGUUUCCAUUUAAAUAUAGGCCUAAAGACCCUUUUGGGAUUAAAUAGACCACUAACUUAUAUUAACCUAAAUCCAAAUAAAUUUCUACACCAAGAUACAAAAAUAUACAAUGGCAUCUGUAAAGGUUGCAGUGAGAGUGAGACCCUUCAAUCAAAGGGAGAAAGAUAUGAACACCAAACUUAUUAUCAAUAUGGAAGGAAAAAAGACCAGAAUAAUGAGCAAGAGCCCAGACCAGUUCAAGGACUUCACAUUCGACCACUCGUACUGGUCAUUUGACGAGGGUGAUCCUCACUUUGCCUCACAGGAGCAGGUGUUUAGAGACCUAGGCAAGGAUGUGGUGGAUGCAGCGUUUGAGGGCUACAAUGCCUGUGUGUUCGCUUAUGGACAGACUGGCAGUGGGAAAACUUUCACAAUGACUGGAUCCCCUGACAACCAAGGAUUGAUUCCUCGGAUAUGUGAGUCCUUGUUCCGACACAUGGCCACUGGUGCCAGCUACAGAACUGAAGUCAGCUACCUGGAAAUAUACAAUGAGAGAGUCAAAGAUCUGUUGAGGGUCAACUCAUCUGGCCACAACCUGAGAGUGAGAGAACAUCCUAGGACUGGGCCGUACGUCAGCGACCUUUCACGCCAUCUAGUGUCAGAGUACUCUCACAUUCAGGAACUGAUGGCCAGAGGCAACGCCAUUCGCACCACAGCCUCUACCAACAUGAAUGACACCAGCAGCCGCAGCCAUGCUAUCUUCACCCUACAGUUUGUCCAGGCUGGCUUCUCUAACGACGUGCCUAGUGAGACAGUCUCUAAAGUGCACCUUGUUGACUUGGCGGGCAGUGAGCGAGCUGAUGCGACGGGGGCAACAGGUCAGCGGCUAAAGGAAGGAGCUCAUAUCAACAAGUCUCUGGUGACUCUAGGCUCUGUCAUAUCAGCCUUGUCAGAACUGUCCACUCCUGACGGUGGUCGCAAGUCUUCCUUCAUACCUUACAGAGACUCUGUGCUCACAUGGCUACUGAAGGACAGUUUGGGUGGAAACUCCAAGACCAUAAUGAUAGCAGCUAUUUCACCGGCAGAGUGCAAUUACAGUGAGACUUUAAGCACUUUGAGAUACGCAAACAGAGCCAAAAACAUUAUCAACAAACCAACCAUCAAUGAAGAUCCCAACGUAAAACUAAUCAAGGACCUCCGAGAUGAAAUUGCAAAACUGAGGGGUCUAUUGUGCAAUGAAAUGGUAAGUUCAGUGGAAUCUCCAGAGAUGCUUGCCACUUUGCAAAAGAAGGAAGCCCAAGAGAAGGUACUGACAGAGAAGUGGGCGGAGAAGUGGCGUGAGACUCAGAAGAUCUUACAAGAGCAGAAGGCGUUGGGUCUGCGUAAGGCUGGCACUGGAGUGGUACUGGACUCUGAUAUGCCUCAUCUGAUAGGCAUUGAUGACAAUCUGCUCAGCACCGGGGUCACGCUCUACCACCUGAAGGAUGGAGAGACGGUGAUUGGGUCAGAUGACGCUUGUCCCAAGCCUGAUAUAGUGUUGAGUGGUGUUGAUGUAGAACAGCAACACUGCAGCAUUGUGUUGUCUGCUGGGGUGGCUACUCUUGUACCUCACCAUGCUGCAGCUCAGUGUUGGGUCAACGGCUGCCUUAUAGACAAACCCACCAGGCUGUCCCAAGGAUGCCAGAUCUUGCUAGGUAGGAACAACAUGUUCCGCUACAAUGACCCUAUGGAGGCAGAGAAGUUGCGCAAGGAAGGUUACCCGUCCAACCUCAACCUGUCUAGACUGUCACUGCUCAGCUGGUCCACCAACGACCUCUCAAUGUCACAAUCCUGUGAGAGCCUACAGACAUCCUGUGAGGACACUGACAAAUUGGGAAGAUUAAAAGUUCAAAGAGCCGAACUAAUAAAAGAAAAAGAAGCUUUUAAGAUUGAGCAAGCAGAGAAAGAGCAAGACUGGGAGAAGGAACAGCAGAUGAAAAGAGAGGCACUGGAGUUGGCUCAGAAACAACUGGAGCAGGAGAGGCAGCAGAUGGAGGAAGCGUAUGAGGCACAAUACAAGCGGCUGGCCGAGGACUGGCAGAAACUACAACAGCACCAGGCCGCUAACCUAGCCUCUCUACGACACAAGGAGGCAGAACUGGACAAGAACAGACAACUGCUGCAGUGUGAGAGAGAUGAGGAGAUUGCUGCGAUAACGAUAGAACAACAAGCCCUGAAUGAAGUCAAACGUGACAUUGAUUUGAAAAAGAAUGAGUUUAAAGACAUUGUUGCGGAAAAGAUAGAGGAAAUACUCUGCCUGAAUAACAAUUUUAGGUUGCCUGAGCGAAAUAUCAAACCACUUGGCGUAUUGGCUGCAGAGAAGUUCUGUGAAGGGCUGUGUUGGAUGGACCUCACUUUCCAUCCCGCCAGUCCUCCUACUUCUCCUGACUGCUGGGCCUCACUCACUUCUGCUCUCAAGGAAGGAGUUGUUGGAGAAAUCAUAAAUCACCAUAAAGAGGCUCUUGCCAAACUGGAGACUGAACUGAAAAACAGAACUCAGUCUGUAGCAGAGCGAAAUGAAAAACUCAGAAAAAUUGAUGAACAGAUCAAGACUAUUGAUGAGUCAGCUGCUACUGAAAAUUUGUUGGACAAUGGAAAUAAUUGUUCAGCUGGACAAGUAAAGAUGUUGGAGCAUUCAUACGAGGAGGCACAAGUGUUAGAGAAAUCCACCGAAGAAUCAAAGGUCUUCAAGCAAUCUACUGAAGAUUCAAAGGUGUUGAAGCAAUCAGCUGUAGAUGCACUAAUGCUGGAACAAUCUAGUGAAGAAUGUGAGAUGCUUAAGCAGUUUGUAGAGGAGUCAAAAUCAUCUGGGGAAGUAAAGACGCUGGAACAAGGAGGAGAAACAAUCACCGACAUUUCUCAGAAAAAACAAAGAAUGACACUAGAUCUGGUACCUGUGGUUACUGACAUGACCAGUUCCCCUGAAACAUUUCACACAGCUGGGUCGACCUCCCCUCCUACCAUGAGUGACAGUGGAGUAGGACUAGGCAGACCCGGGGAUGACAGUGAUGAGGUCAGCAGUACUGAUGACUCUGGCAGACAUCAGCACCACACCAGCUACAGGCUGCGCUUUCUGUACAACAGGAUGAAACACCAUGACAAAUCUGAAGACCAGAAUCUCUCUAAGACUAUGAAGUUACUGAUGCAGAAAAUUACAAGACAGAGACUACAUAUUAUACGGUCUCUUGAAGCAGAUAUUGACCAAAUCGAUACAAAUCAGGAAAUAAGUGUUUUACAAGAUCUUAAAAGGGAAUAUGUUAGACUAGAAAAGAAAUUGGAAGAUCGGGGGAAGGAAAAUGUGAGAAGAAAUAGUGACGAAUCAGAGGAUGCAUCUACAUCUACUGAGGAUACCAACUCGCUGUGUGGCACAGUCAAGAUGGACAGCUCGGGUCACAUUCCCCGCAGUUGUCAUCACAUGUGUAUGUCCACACAGGAGCUCGGCCACACACAAGACUCACCGCAACAUCUCCGCAUGAUGCAGUUGAGAAGACAAGUACCACUGAGCCCACUUAUGAAUUUAUCUGUUUCUAGUCAGUAUAUGGAUCACAUACCCCCUUACAACUACUCUAUGGCGAGAUCCAUGCCCUCACUAAAUCCCUCUUACGGAUGGGAGAGCAGUGAUAGCGAGCCAUUGACAGUGAGAGUGCCAACCUAUGUACUGCGAGGUGCUGGCAGCAACACUCACUAUGCAUAUGAAGUGAGGGUGAGUGUGGCCGGCGAGUGCUGGGCAAUACUACGGCGAUACAGCCGCUUCAGGGAACUCCACCUGCAGAUGAAACAGAAAUACGGAGCUAAGGUGACUGCUCUGAACCUGCCUCCGCGCCGCUUGUUUUCCCGCAACGCUGAGUGGCUAGCACAAGAGCGACGGCCACAGCUAGAGCGCUACCUACAGUCACUACUACAGGUUAUGACUCAGAUACCCUCCUCCCCUCUCAGCUCAGCCUCCACCAAGGCUGCCCUCCUACAGCUGUCUCCAUUCUUUAGACGAGGAGUGUUUGAGACCAGCAAGUACGGGACCAGCUAAACCACUCAUCUCACCUGUACAUCGUCAUUUUAUACAGUUUCACUUACAUCUUAAGCUUAAAACAACGUAAAACCCAAAUUAUUAUCUGACAGCUUUGACAUUUAUUUAAAAAAAUUAUCCUUUGCCAGGGUAAGGCAUUCAAAAGAAUGUAGCCUAAUAUGUUAAACUUAUUUUAACUCUGUUUUGAUUAUUGCCAAAGAUUAAAUUAUCAUACAUGAAAGACAGGUUAAUAUAAUUGAACUAUUAUAAUUCAAGUUCUUUUUAAUGGGCAAUUGAUAUUUUUUUAAACCUGUAUUGAUUUUAAAAUUAUUUUCAAAAAUGUGACUCAAUUAAUCAACCUUAAAUUAUUUUAAUUCACCAUUUAUAAUCAAGUUCCUAAAACUACUAGAUAUAAUAAAAAGUUAAACCAUAUUUUCGUUUCUCUAAAGACAACAUUAAAAACUUCCAAAUUGAUGCAGCCAUGUGUAGCUAUACAGAUGUAUUAAAAAGUGGUUAUACUUUUUUAGUGCAGAUAAGUGACAAUAAGCAAAUUUUAUAGACUUUUUAAGAUGUUGAUUGGCUUUGUUUUUGUUUGGUGAUAAAUAUAUGUGUGAGUAUAAGUUGAUUGGUGCUUGAAAAGACGGUAUAAACUAUUGUGUUGUAAAUAUGUGAAUAAUACUGUGACAAUAAUGUAAAGUUAUGUUACAUUGCCUCAAUAGUGCUUUUUGACCUUCUAAUGUUACCAUCCUGUGCCUAUGAGUCAUUCUUGUAGAUCUGCCUUUAGAUAUUUAACUAAUUGUUACAGGGGUGCGAGUUGUUUACAAAUACAUCUUUAAAUUAUAUGGUUACUGUCAUAUUGGUGCUGAAAUUGUUAAUUUAUUAUCUGUUAACAACUGUCUAAAACUGUUAAAUACAAAAUUAGUGUUAAGUUUUACCAUGGAUAAAACAUAGUCCCUUAGUAGAUUUCCCAUCCUUAUGGAACAGCUGAAGCCAAAAUGUUAUUGUUAGUUCUUUCCAGUUUUCUGUAGAUAUUGUGUUCUGUUUACAAUUUGUUUCUUGUUAUUUCAGUAAUUUAAAAGCUUGUUUAACCAAAUAAAACUAUCUAAUCAUAAACAAUAACUCCCCCACAAGCUAUAUAACCUAACAGUGAGACACAAAUAAUGAGAAACUAACCCUAAAAUAAUACAAACAAAUUGUAAACAAAACAUGACAUCAACAGAAAACCAGACAGACUAACAAUAACAUUGGCUUCAGCUGUUCCAUAAGGAUGGGAAAUCUACUAAGGGACUAUGAUUUAUCUAUGGUUUUACUAAAAGAGUUAUAAUCUUGAUGUUAUUAUUACAAAAUUAAAAACACUUGCCUUCUAAUAUUGUAAUCAAAUACAAACAAUCGUGCUAUAAA